AUGGUUGCAAGCCAGGCGAGCAGAGCGCUCCAAAGUGGCAUCUGGCAUGCCGUUGUUGCCAUGCCUCUGAAGCUAAUGGGCUUCGUGAGAAGCAGAUCAACACGCAGGAUUUCGUCAAAAAGAAUACGCCGCAGAGCCGGCCAACCUAUGGCAUGCAGAGCACUUUUGGUGUUCUCCUGUCUUGCGCUUGAAGUUGGCGGAGCAACUGCAGGCAAUGCCGAGGCUGCAGAUCCCAGGCGUGCCACGGCUGUACAGGUUUCUUUUGAAGUGUUUCCUGUGGACGGCUCCAACAUACAGGUGGAGCCGCAGAGCAGUACCAAUGUGAACGUUAGAGCUGGCGUUGAGUACAAUCGCUUCGUAAUUCAUGCAUUGUCCGGCUUGGGAGUGUCCAAGCAGGACAUCCGAGCAAAGCUUGUACCGUAUGACAUGAGAUCGACGUUGCAGACGUGUGAGACAGUUCAGGCUUACAUGGGAUUCCCCUUCAAUGGGGCCGAAAAUGCGGUGGUACCGGGCACCACGCCGGAGACCAUCCGGAACGUCUUUGGCCCGCUGACGUUUCCGAACGGCGGCCUCUUUCGAAUUUGUUAUUCGCCUGAUGGAAUUCAAUGGCAGGAACUGGAACCGAGUAUAUCUGUUUUCGGUGCUGAAAGCACGACCAACAAGUUUUGGUGUCCAGUCACUAGCCUGGCGCGGCAGGAAUGCAAGUUCGAUCCCAGUAUCACAGGGUGCGAGUGCACCGGCAAGGUUCAAGGUUACAAAAGAAACAACAUGACAGAUGAGUUUAUGCUUCUUGGAAUGCCAAACCCAGCGUACCCUCCAUGGAGGUCCAGUCUGACUUAUGUGAACCAGGCAUGUGGAGGAGCUGUUGAUGCUGCUCCCUUUGUCAACAAGGUGUCCGAUGUCAGCAAUGAGAUUGGCUUCGAGAUCCACAACUUCGGGCUCAUCAAAGAUGGCUUCGGUCUUGGGGUUUGGAAAGUGUGCUAUUGCGCUGGCUUUGAUUUUGACAACGGUGCCGCUGAUGGUGGUGUCGUUACAGUCUGCUCCAAUAACGCUCCGCAGGAUUUUCCACAAGAGGUCGGGCUGAUGAUUGUGAUCAACGUCCAGUCCUUGAUGGGACAGGCAGGAAGUACCGACAUCACAGUGUAUCCCACUUUGCGAUUUGGUUUGGUUAUCAAUUGCGGCCACGAUGGAGUUCAGAACAGAGAACCUGACUCCGUUUCGGGAGGAUGCUCGACUGGCGACACUCCCCGCUACAAGAUCAUCCGCUCUUCUUCCGAGAGCUUCAAGCCCUACUACGACUCAGACGCCGGAUGCCGAUUUCUGCCGCAGGCCGCAACAGCAACCGAUGGGGCCCAGGUCUUGGGAGGACAUUUGGGUCCCGCGAACUGUGAGGGGCCCUCGACUUGCAAUGACUUGCCAGAGGAAGUCAUGAGCGGCAAAGCUCCAACCUUUCUUGAUGUGCAAGUUGAUGCCAGCUACGAGAAUCGUGUGAUGGUUGCCGCGACGUAUGAUGUGUGCUACUGUGACGAGAACUGUCUCAACAGUGCAUACUGGUUCAAGGCUGGUACGUUGGACGUGGAGCCUGUUGAAAGUCAUUUCACGAUCGACUACACCACUGGCUCUUAUGGCGAGCUGCCAGCCAUUGUUAACACAGGCCGAUUGCUUGUGAUCCUGGGAAAGGGCACGGAUGAGUCACCUGUGCAGGGCAGCUGGAGUGGAGGCACCGAUUCCAAGACGCGCGAGAUGAAGUUCCUCAGGGAUGAUGACGGAAACGUGGACAAGGACUCUUGCCUCAACACAGAGCAACCUCUCGGCAUCUCCGGACACCGCUUGAUCAGCGGAAACACGGACUACACGGAACCACAGACCAUCCUUGAGGCUGAAGAUCCUGGCCGUCCUCGUGGACAGUUGUAUGGAUUAGUGUGCAACACCGCUGUCCCACCGGUCUGUGCUGCCAACAUCCGUAUCUCUGUGCCGGGCUGGUAUGCUGUGUGCUACUGUGACUCCAAUUGCAACGAAGUCAGCAACUGGGCAGUGUUCGGACGUGAACUGAUUGCAGGCCCUCUGGCCAGGCAAACGUGGACGAGGUAUACAGGUGUCACCUUCAGCAUUGACGUGGAGGGUUACGAUCUGCAGGACACCAAUCGAGCAUUGAUCCUGAGUACCUCUCAGCAGCCACAAGACUGCGGCAACGUGGCUCCAACUGGAAAUGCCUUCGGUCCCGUGGGGCAGGCGACCCUCCACACGCGUGAAACAACGAACUCCAGGAUGUCAACGAUGGCCUGGUCUGACAUGGGCACCGAGAUCUCCUUCGACAGGAGCCAUGGCCUCAAGGAUGGUGACCGAAUUCGGUUGUCAGGAGUAAAUCCGGACCCGACCGACACCAGUCUGCCUGCGCGAAACUUGGCACUCAAACGUGCCGAGAUGUACAACACAGUGCACGAGGUGUUCGUGUCUUGUGAUGAUGAUGCUACAUCGUGCUGGAAGAUAUUGGUCCCGGUCAGAUUCGCAGCCGCUGAGUUUCCCAACAUCCCCAACGUACCGAGUGCAGGGUGGUCUCGGACGUCUAAAGAGACCUUCAACAGGAUCAAGGUGGCGGACGGUGCCCAGUCACCCGAAGGACGAGGUUAUGUGGUGUGCUGGUGCCACGACUGCGGCGCAGCGGCCACGAGCUUUAGCAGCUACGUGGGCCAGGCUGGCUCGAUCACGGUGAAGAUGCCGAACGCCAUGCCAGAGGCAUAUUUGGGCUUGACGACUAUCAUGCCUGACCAGUCGCCGGGUCAAACGAAUCCUGGAAGUCCGGUGGCCAUCGCGUUCGUGACCGGAGAUGUUGCGCAUUACGCAACCGCAACUGGUCAGCAGCACCUGGUCUUUGAGAUCAUGCCAGGGCUGGACGACAGUAUUGCUGGAAGUCCCGUGGUCCGAGAAGUGUUGCUUCCGCGAACCAAUCUUCUGGAGCCUCUCGUGCCGUCUGCCGACACCGAUGAGCCCUCGGAGGCUCGGCAAGACUUUUGCGGGAAGAUCUUUAUCGAACUAUGGUCUGAGGAUCCUGAUGGGUUUCCUAUGCCGGAUGGAUGUUAUUACAGUGAGGACGACACAGAUCCAACCAUGAUAGUCAAGCAGCUCCACAUUCUCUUCAGUGAGAGGAACCACUUGAAGAAGAACACCAGGUACAUGGCCGUCACCAACAUGAACGUCCUCGGGGAGUUAAGAUUUGAUUUUCCAGCAGACGGAGCAGUCUGGGUUUGGUCCAUGGACGAUGCUUUCAACAACCCAUUUGGCGUGAUCGAGAAGGGUGCCGCCUAUCCCGCUCCGGAGACGCGGGUGCCACCCAGAGACACGCUCGGGGACCCACAAUUCAGCCAGGUAGGCGAUCCUCGCUUUCAUGACGAGGGUGCAAUUCCCCGUGGAUUCCGACUGCUCGGAACAAACGGUGCCCUCAUCGAGGAGAUGCUGACAUUUUGCAUACCGCAUGAUGAGAAGAAUCCCAGCGUGUCGCCCUCGAUUGAGAAUCAGUGCAAAGUCUGCUUCAGUGAAGAGGAGUGUGGAAAUGGAGGCAAUGGUGUGCCGCCUGAUCCAUCACUGAGCUUUUGCCGAUCGCCAAUUGAUCUCAAAUGCUCUCAAGCAAACGGCAACUUGCUGAACGUGCCAGCCUUUGCUUUCGAGUUGACGGCCAAGCUUGGUUACCCGAUCACGCCGCAGUCCGUCCUCCGCCUCUGGCUCCAUCCGCUCACUCAGUGGAAUAUUGGUCCCUCAUGCCAGGUGGGCUUCUUUGCAGGAGGCUGUACCCCACCAGUUCCCGGGGGAACUUGCUCCAGUCCGAUUUGCCAGCCGGAGUCCGUGGUGGGUGGUACGGUUGUGGGCAUCGCCUCCUGGCCCAUCAACACCUUGAGGAUCAUUCUCCCCAACAUCAUGGCUCAAAUCACGGACACCAUCUCCAUGGCCAUGGAGAUUGGAAACUUGCCACUACCUGCUGGCGGCUUCUUUCCGUCGGUGGUCACUGCUGAGAUCACGAAAGAUGAUGGAUUUGCCCCCGACUACUGGGAUAUCCCAAAGGCGCUUGCAGUUGCUACGGUCCAGGGUGGAAGUGCGCGUCUCUACAAGAGGCCACAGAUUCUGGCGGCGUCGCUUGUGUCGAAGGUUGGCGACGGGAAUCAGGCCCCCUUCAAAGCUGACAAUGGCAACAGGAUCUACGCCCGCCUAGUGUUCGGAACCACGUUCUAUGGAUUUGGCAACUUGGUGGAGAUUAACUUCAAGCUUCCAGUCGGUUACGCAUGCUCAAUGACGCAGCAGGGUGGCACUGUCCCCGAUUUGGAACUUCUGGAAAACAUGUUCCCAUCCACGAAGGGUCGGUUGGGCGGCAAACUGACUGAAGUCCGAUAUCGGAACAUACCAGCGACGCCCGACGUUAUGUGCCAGCUCACUCUCUUGGCUGACAUGAUUGUCUAUGCCAGAACUGUGUACUUCGUCGAACUGGUUGUUGACAAUCCGACGGCAGCUCUCAAGAGAGAUGACCCGACCAACACAUGGUCUGUGGGAGUAGUCCACGGUGGCUUCAAUCCCGCGGAAGUCAUUCAGGACAAAGCUCUCUCAGCCCAGCAGCUUUCGUUCUGCCCAGCCCCGCGGCAAACGUUGUUUUGCUUGGAAGAUUUGGGAAACAACUACGCUGGUUCGCUCUCUGUGCUUGGCAAGCUGACAGACUUCUUCAUUGCGCCGUCUCAGUACGGUGUGGGGCAGCUGAACGCCUUGUCAGUCUUCUUCAUGACCGAGCAAGAGGUGGGCUCGUUGACCAGCGUGGAGACGGAGAUUUGGGUUGAUGCGCCAUCUGGCUUUGAUUUCGGCAUGUAUUGUUCAGCCGCUCCGCUCGACUCGAUUUACUACAUUCCGGAAGGUCGUGGCACUUCGCCACUACCGACCGGAGACCUCAUCCCGUGUGUUGGUGCUCCAACUUCGGAAUCCGAGCUGACCUACAAUCGGGCGAAGCUCUCAACAACAGGCCGUUUGUUGAGGCAAACCUUCUAUGGCUUUCAAGUCCAAGUCCAAAACGCCGCGAUCUACGUCCGAACCCAGCUCGACGAAUGGCGUCUCUGGACAUAUGUCAAAGCAACCGGCUAUGGAGUUGAUGGUACCUACGAAACAGCUCGAGUCAAUGAGCGUGUGCCAGCAGGGCCAGACACGAGCUGGGGCAUGUACCUGCAGGGCAUGCCGACUGCGAACUUCCAGGUGGCCUUCUCUACAUCGCGACCAACUGUGUCAGGGGUUCCUCCAGCAGACAUCACUGUCCUUCCCAUCAUUGUGUCGUUUCCCACCACCCGGGCCAUCCGAGUCACGGCACCUGCCGGCUACGAGUGGGACUUUGAUCAGGUGGACUUUCGGUAUCAGGCGCCGGGUGUCGGAGUAAAUCCUCUCAACGUGGUCGAAGGAGCAGAGGCUGAUAUUCCAAUCAGCGGCAAGCCUGCGCGUCCGAACUCAGAGCCGAAAAACGUUCUGACGAUGGACUACAUGCAGCUGCCAUGGACGCCUGGCGUUAUCUAUGGCUUCGCUUGCAAGAUCAGGAUUCCCAUGGUUCCCCCAACUGGCUCGGCCAACCAGUUCACAAUCGAGUUCGGAUACAACGAGGACCUGUUGGCCAAUCGGUUGGAAGCUGGCACAGCUGCUGCUCCUGUCGUCCAGCGCCUGAUCAAUGGCGCCAUCACCUACACAACCAGCAUUAUGAACAUGCCGGUGGACAUUACCUUUACCUUGCGCACCGUCACGACCAUACCGGAAGGUGGAGGGCUGGUGAUCAUCGGGCCUCCAAACUUUGUGUUCCAGCAGUUCUGCCAACCGAAACCUGCCUCCAGCUCGCCGGAACUGCCCUACGAUUCCACUUGUCUUUAUGCACAAAUCACUGCCACCGGGCAGCCGAGGAUCUCCAUCAUCGCCGGCCCAGAAGGGAUCCCUGGCCUGACCUACAAGUUUGCUCUCGCGGCAACCAACCCGCCACAGGCGGUGCCCCUAGACCAAGCUGGCAUCUGGACGCUACUUUCGUAUAGCCUGAUCAGCGAAGAGAUUGUCCUGGACCAGAACACUACAAUUCCGGGCUAUGCGGUCGCACGUCCGAUGGUGUCUGCUGGACUAGUCAUGCAUCCACGAGUUGAUUGUACUUUCACAACGUUGGAGGAGAGAGCCAUAGAUGCAACGCUGCCAGAGACGUUCUGUGAUUUCGAGCAUUGGCAGUUCUACCCCCCUAGGGGUUAUCGUGAUGAUCGACCGAACCGACCUACACAGCUGAUCUUCAAGAUGCAGCUCGGAACGCAGGUGGACGUCACCAGUGUGAUGACAGUGCGCGCUCCGGAGGGCUAUGUCUUUGACGCUGAAUGCCGUGUUGUCACCAAGCCUUCCUCGCGGAUAUUCAACGACUCGGCGGUGGACGGAGUCUUGCCUGCUGUACCGGCCAAUGUCCCGCUUGAUCCGGGGCUUCCUUACACGGUCCGAGGAUACGCUCAGCGAUACAAUACCUGGCCGGAUGCCGUCGACACCCAAAGCUGCCUCGGCCGGGAGAACGAGGCUCGGAUCACCUGGACAGCAGGUCUCGCACUCUUCAACACAUAUCUGUUUCGACUGUCAGUGCUUCGCAAUCCUCCAGUGACUCCCGAGUACAACUAUUUCUUGUUGGAGUACAACGGUGAGGCUUCGGAACCUUUUCCGGGCAUAGAUAUUUGGGCCUUUAUGAACACCACCAUCAUUCCUACCACCACAGCUGCAUCUCGUUCAGACUACCAGACGCCGAACGAGGUGACAAUACAGCUUCGCCCGGUCAACACGGUUCCAAACGGAGGCCAUCUGAGGGUGACCGCGCCCAGUGGCUUCCUGGUGCCCACGGUUUGCGUCAUGUCAUUGAGGGUGCAUGAGUCGGAAAUGCCCAACAUCUCAGCGUUUGCUCCGGGCCCUGAGCGUGCUCAGCUGCUACAGUGGGCCGAAUUUCUGCCUAGUCACUUGGUGUGUCAGGGCGAUCAGACCCCAUCCAGCCGUGGCAGGCUACUGCUGACGCAGGACAUGAAGUACCUGAGAAAGGGUGUACUUUACGUCUUGACGCUGGAGGUCUCAAAUCCGCAGACGACAUCAGCGACCCCGGAAGACUGGCAUGUGCAAUCGUAUGAAGACUUGACGGUCAACAAUAUCAUUGACGAGAGUUAUAUCCCUGGGUUUAUCAUCAACACGGCAGUUCAGUCGUUUGCAUACCUGGCCCCGGAGUCCACCAAUGCGUUGAUCAAACACAGGCUGGACUUCAACAUGUCAUUCCCAGACAUUGUCGCCAUUGGGGACCGCCUUCAAAUUGUGGCCCCUGUGUCCUACAUGUUCAGCGAACCGGGUGAUCGCCAGAAGCCCGUCGUCCGUGCCAGCUUGAUCUCCUAUGUUCUUCUCUUUUUCGUCGGCCUCUCCUCCUUCGGGCUCCGUGAUCUGGAGAGCUCGCUCCAGCAGCUCGCCCGGCCUCGCGCGAAUUGGGUGCGAGUCGUCCCGCUCUUUCACGGGACCAUCCGGUCUUUGGCCUUCGCCUCGGACGCGACGUUUUCUUCGCUUUGUCCUUACUGCGCUGCGAUGGAUUUCGACAAGAUUUCCAGGAAGAACCAACCCAAAGACUGGUGGAUACUUCCUCAGCUCAAUCUCCUGCUUGCUGUUUCGAUUUCAAUUUCGGCGCCGAGUUUCCUGCCACAGUGGUACACCGAGCUCGGAUCCAAGCUCAAUGCAAACUUCUUCCUGGUGGGUAUGCUGGUCGCAGUGACCUUGGCACGACUGGCACCAAGUCUGGCAAAGAGCCAUGGCCUACUGCACGUGGAUACUUUCAGUGACUAUGCCGUGGCCGUCAUUUUCCUCUUGUCCGGCUUCAGCCUGAAGUUGAGUGAGAUGCAGAAAGCAGCUCUGGACUUCCGCUUGAACCUGCUUACGCAGACGUUGUCCAUGGGACUGAUUCCGCUGUUGGCCUAUCCCUUGGUGCAGCUUGCUCACCGUGGUAAUUGGCUUCGUGGACAAUUGCUCGAUGGCCUGAUGAUUACGGCUUGCUUGCCGACGACUGUGAACAUGUGUGUUCUCUUGGCGAAGUCUGCAGGAGCCAACACUGCGGUUGCUUUGACCAAUGCCAUCCUUGGAAACCUGUUAGGAGUUUGUGUGACUCCCGCACUGCUGCUCGUCACACUCGGCACAAGAACCAGCAUCCAGCUGGGGCCGGCCGUGCGGAAACUUGGCAUCAAGGUGCUCGUGCCGGUGGUGAUUGGCCAGCUUCUUCGAAACUCCGCUGCUUUGCAGCGAUUUCACGCCAAGAACGGUGCGGCCUUCAAGAAGCUUUCGGAGUGUCUUUUGCUUCUGAUUGUCUGGAAUGCCUUCAGCAAUGCCUUCGCAGCCGGCCUCGGGGUGGGUGGCAAAGAGCUGGCAGUCCUUGGAGUGCUGAUGCCCGCGUUGCACUUCGGUGCCCUCACGGGCUUCAUCAAGAUCUUGACAUGGAUCGGGACAAGCCCGGCGGAUGCAGUCGCAGCGUCUUUUGCAGCCUCCCGGACUCGCAAACGGAGCGUUUCUGACGAGCUUCCGCACGACCGGGGCUUCAUUUGUCGUGGCUGUUGGCUGAUGCUCACAUCUCAGGCAAGUCAGAAGACUCUCGCCUUCGGACUGCCUCUGAUCAAGACGAUCUUUGAAGGAAGUUCGUGUCCCAGAGUGACGGUGUGUGAUGCCUACGAUCUGUUGGCUGUGCGUGCCUUCCCAUCAGAUGCGAAUCCGCCACAGACGCCGGUCAUCAACCUUUUCCAAGUGCGCCAGAUGGACGCAAACGGGACUGUUAAGACUUCCCGAAUGAUAUCGGGCUAUGAGAUCGUCCCAGAACUCGUCAAUCCCAUGGUGCGUCAGGAUCCCGCCAUUUUCCCGUGCCGGAUCGACGUGAACCUGGUGACCGGCUUGCCCUGUGAGGGCACGGGCUCCUUCUCUGCGGCGGUGAUCAGCUUCACCGCCUCCAGAAGUGCGGAGCUGGUGUCCAUGCAAGCCCACGUGAACGGCGAGUCUUAUGAUUUCACAAAUGCUCGGUUCGGAGAUGGAAUUGACGGCCCCAUCGUUGUGUAUGGCAGAGACGAGAAGAUUGUUGUCGUGGAGAUGAUGGUGCACAACGGUGUUCAAGCAAGCAUCACCGUUCACAACGUGCGCAAUCCGAUGACGCCCGGCAUUUCCAAAUGGAGCGUGACGACGUACGUCAAGGGACCAAUUCCUGGAGUUCCGACGACAACUACUGUAAUGCCAGUCGUGGCGUGUUCUACAACAGGAGGGGUAUGUGGAAUGUUCCCACAAACAGAAGCAAGACGAGAUGAAAAGCUCGACCUUGACGGCAUGGCUGUGCUCGGAUAUAUCAGUGCACUUUCGAACUCGUUCAUAAAUCCCAUCUAUUAUGGUGUGAACGAUGCCCUGGUGACGUUCGAGUUGCGUGGGGAGACGCCACAUGAAGUCAACGAUGUGCUUGUGAUACAAAGACCUCCAGGCUACACGAUGCAUGAAGGAGGCUUGCGUGCUCUGAGAUCGGUCAGCUUUGGAGAGAAUGGUUUGGAUUUUCGGCGGCAGUGGAGUACGGAUUUCAAUAAUCCCGAGGACUACUAUGCCGUUCUGACGCAGCCGGUGCCCGCCGGGACCACGAUCCGAUUUCAGCUUGGUGUGGCAUCGCCACCUCUCGCAGAAAAGGUGAUGAACUGGUACUUCAGAACGUGGAGGGUGGAGCCGCUGGUGGACGAGGACGGAGCAGUGGUCGACGCCUCCAUGCCGAUCUAUCCCUGGAUCGGCCGAAUCAUCACGGCAACCGGAACGAGUGACGGUGCUUUCAGUGGCUUCCUGCUUGUAGGGCAAGUGCCCUUUUCGGUGACUCCCUCCUUGCAAACUCCAGGGGCCGAGAUCAAGCUGACCAUCAAUUUCGGUGUGGCAGAUGGUGUGGAAGCCGAUGAAAGCGUUCGAAUGGAGGUCACUGCACCGGAAGGCUUUGUCUUUGCUGACUCCUGUCGAUAUGGUGGAAGCCCCAUCUUCUCGAAGUGCACCGGCUUCUUGAACCAGGCAACUUUGGUCACGGCACGUCCCAGGCUGCGUGGGUCGGACAUCACCGUAGACCUUCGCGUCAGCAAUCCUGGCUUGACACCCUCGCCAAACUACUUCUAUGUGGCCCUUUUCCAAGAUGCAAGUGCCCCAGGGAGAGCAGUCAGUAUGUACGGUGGUCGCAGGCAUGGCUGGAUUUGUACUUUAGACUCCAUCGGGAGUCAGUCCAAGGCUACCUUGAUUCUGAUUCUGAUCCUAGAGCUGGAAUUUGAAAGAACGGUUCACAACGUACCGGAUCAGGACGUGAUGAUAUGGCUGAUCUUCUCAUCGGCCUGUGUGGCCGCGCUGGCGGAGCGCCCGUCGCUUGAUGCCGACGGCGUUCGCCAGGCAAGCUUGCAUGCAGACGGAGACCCGCGUUCAUGGUUUGGAGCUUCCUCUUUCCUGGACUUGUGGGGAGCGAGCUCCUCGAAGGCGCGGCACCAUCGACAUCAAAGCUUCAAGCACGAGCAGGUAGUGAUGGCUGCUGGAACGGACCCCAAGGAAAGAAGGCCCCUGAGGACGGGCGAGAUGAAAACCAAGGAGGAGUUUCACAAAAUUUUCAAAAACGAUCAUUGGAAGUCCAUGUGGGAGGAUGCUGCGUUCCUCAAGGAACGACGACGUGGUCCGGACAAUCACUUGUACACUUGGGAAGCCUGGCAAGACUCCUUUAAAGACCUCGGUGCCUGGGAUACUGCUCCACCGGGGCCACCUGCGCGAAUAGAGGUGAACGACGAAGCCGAAGGUUCAACGGCCGCUGGGCUUCAGGCCAAUUCAGCUGCAGUCCAGGCGGCGGACGAGGAAGCCGCGAGACGCGAUGCGGCCGCUGGAGGAGCCUCGAAGAAGACCACCCCGGCGGAUGGAACCGCAGAAGCAGGCUACGCGCAAGGAUCACAGACACAGACGAAAGGAUCGCAGGACGCUCCGUGCCAGAAGGGAACUGCUUCCUCAGGAAAAAGCAAGGAGGCCACGAUUGCCACGAUAGGAAGUGGGCCAGCAAACCAAGCUCCACCGGACGACUCAGAGGAAGACCCAUAUGCGGAGCUGCGCCAGGAUGCACCGGUUGGCAUGGACGAGCCAAUCCCCGGCUCCAACAGGUGGGAAGAUUGCUUGCAAAGGAAUGCGCAUCCCUGCAGCGAGAACCACUGCUGCUGCGACGUUGGUUCAUCUCUGAAGGGGCACACAUGCGUCCGGUCGGCCAAAGGAGACAAAGACCCCAGCGUCGUGGCGAAGCAGAUCAAGGGCUCAACGGAUCGUUCGAGUUUUGGUCCCUGCGACAGCCGCAGAUUCACCCAUAAGUGCGGAAAUGGGUGCUGCUGCAGUGGAUACCUUGAGUGGAACGUGCAGAACGAGAAGUGCGAGGAGCCUCCUUCUUCCAAGGGGCCAGAUCCAGGAGAGCAGUCGCUUGCCGAUUCGGCACCCCCAAGAGAGGAGGACGCCAUCAUCCCUGGCUCGCAGACCUGGAAAAAGACCAAGAGCUUGAAUACCUGCGAGCUCAGAGAGGCUUAUUCCUGCGGCAAGGACCGGAAGCAUUGCUGCUGCAGGUUUGGCUGCGUGUUUAUCGAGACGAUCGACAAGUGCAGCAAGUGCAAGAACGAUGCGCCUGUCGUGAUGCAGAACAUGAUCCCGGCUUCACAGCUUUGGGAAAAGAGGGUAAAGCAGGGAAUCUGCAAUGCCAAGCGAAGUCAUCCAUGUGGACCUGGGUGCUGCUGCAAUGCUGGUUGGUCUUGGAGCAAAGAGCUCCGCGUCUGCCAAAGUGAAAAAGAGAAGAACGGUGGCGCAUCCCAGCAGGAACCAGGGGAGGAAGGAGAUGCGACCAAUCAAAGUGACCGCGAAAGCGAUGAAGGAGGUGGAUCUUCAGAGAAAGGCUCUGCGAAGUCAUCUGGAGGAACGAUUGCCCUUCUGCUGUUCCUGUGGGCUGUGCAGGAUGUAGCCUGCGUAAACGCAACCUCGAAGUUUCACUUGCGACCGAAGGGCAGAACGACAGAAGGCAAAAAGGACCACAGCAGGGACACCUUCGAUGCAAAUCUUCGAAUUCCCGGGCUGGACCUCAAGUCCAUUCCGAUUCGGUGCAAUGGACUUGGUUGGACAAAUUCUGACCCCCGGGUGUUGGCGUACGUGCUGAUCCAGAUUCGAGUGCUCCACGAGAUCCCUGCAGGAACGCUACAGAGAUUCACGGUGCGAGCGCCGGAGGGCAUCAUGUUCAAUGAAGAUCCAGCGAAGGUGACUGUGUUGCCGAAGCCGCUUCCAUUGCGACUGGCGAUCCCCACACAAGUAGCUGGCGAUCUUCUGUCCCUUUACCUGGAUGAGAUGGCGCUGGUGGAAGUUGGUACUUACAAUAUUCGCUUCGAGGUGAGCAAUCCAACCGUCUACCCGCACGACAACACCUGGUCCAUCUUUGCGAUGAAAGACAUCACCAUGGAGUUUGUCCACGUAAUGACAGGUUACUACGAGGGCCAAGCAUCUCCGUUCGAUAUAAACGUCGCAGCACAAGCUCGAACGAAUGCUGCUGGCCACGGUGCGCGAUUCUCGCUCCUGCUGAUCGUCAUCGUCUCAGUCAGCCGAAUCUUUGUCGACCUGUCGGCACGAAUAUAG